GUUCGACGUGUGGAUCUUAACGACGACGUGCAAGAAAUCCCCAAAGAAAAUGUUCAGCACGCUGGACUUGUACUAAGCUAUCUCCGGUCUCUGGCCCGAGAUCGAAUCCAUCUUCUUGAACGAAUCAACCUCCAAAUCCAUAUGAAACAAGGAAUUUAAAGACGACCCACGAUUUCCAUUACCGAAUUUAGUAACCUUGUCUCUCAACUUCGCCUACCCAUCUUCGUCCGAGUCCUUCGAAACCACUCUAAGUUCUGAAGCUCACCGAAUUUCCUCCAAAUAUAAUUCACAACCUCCUCUGGCUCCAACUCUUCGAUUCCCUCAACCUGCUCGGUCUCUUCCUUCUUGGGGUUCGACUUCAGAAGCCCCUUCUUCAAGAACUCCUUGGCUGCAAGGAGUGUGUGUUUGGGUUUAUAUGUGGGUGUCUGAGAGAGAGGAGAGAGAGAGAGAGUGUGGAAGCCAUGGAAAUGCAGCACGUUGAAGGGAAGCUUUCUAUGCAGACUACACCCAGAGAAGAAGGUCCACAUGCAUCUAAGGAAUCUAAACGAGGAGGGUGGAUUACCUUCCCCUUCAUUACAGGAAGCGUGUUGGGUCUGUCCAUAGCAGCCGGUGGGUGGUCGGCGAAUCUGAUAGUAUUUCUAAUGACAGAGUUUAACGUGAAAAGCAUAGCUGCUACAAAAAUAUACAACGUUGUACUCGCUUGCAGCAGUCUCUUUCCUAUCGCCGGUGCAAUCAGUGCCGACUCUUUCUUCGGCUCCUUCCCUGUUGUUUCCACCUUUGCCUUUGUUUCCUUACUGGGUAUGAUCAUGAUGACCCUAACGGCUACAAUACAUUCCUUGAGGCCACCACAAUGUGCAAUUGGCUCACUCACGUGUGAAACCCCGUCAAAUCUUCAAUAUGCAGUCCUCUAUAUAAACUUAACGCUGGCUUCACUAGGGCUUGGAGGCACGCGCUUCACAAUUGCGACGAUGGGAGCCGAACAAUUUGACAAAACCAAAGACCAGGGCACUUUCUUUAGCUGGUAUUACUUCACCUUGUACAUUGCUAAUGUCGUCAGCUUCACCGCCAUCAUAUAUGUUCAAGACAACGUAGGCUGGGGGUUAGGGUUUGGAAUAUGUGCCAUUGCAAAUGCCAUCGGCUUAGCCGUGCUUGUAUUGGGGAAGCAAUUCUUUCUCCGAGUUAAGCCAAAGGGAAGCCCUUUCACGAGCAUAGCUCGUGUCAUGGUUGCAGCAAUUAAGAAGAGGAAAAUUUUGACAGCUUCUGGAAGCCAUGAUUAUUAUUUUGGCACCACCGGGAUGUUAAAAAUGGAAGACCGUUCGCCAACUAAAAGUUUCAGAUUCUUGAAUCAUGCAGCACUGAAAACUGAAGGUGACCGGCAACUAGACGGCUCGUAUGCAAGAUCAUGGAGGCUAUGUGCCGUGGAAGAAGUGGAAGACCUCAAAAAACUAAUCAGAAUCCUUCCAAUAUGGUCUACUGGCAUUUGCUUGAGCACUACAAUAGGUAUUUUCAACAGCCUCACAAUCCUCCAAGCCCUAACAAUGGACCGCCACCUCGGCCCCCACUUCAAAAUCCCAGCUUCCUCCUUCCUAGUAUUCAACCUCUUAGCUACAACCAUCUCAAUCUUCACCAUCGACAAUUUCCUCCUCCAUACAUGGCAAAAUCUGACCCGCAAACAUUUGACACCCCUCCAGCGUAUCGGAAUUGGCCACUUCAUCAACAUCCUUGGCAUGGUGGGGUCCGCCCUAAUCGAAACUAGACGACUCCACGUGGUCCGAACCCAUCAACUCAUGGGUCAGCCGAGCGGCUUGGUUGUGCCCAUGUCAGCUUUGUGGCUCGUGCUGCCGCUAGCCGUUGUGGGCAUUGGUGAGGGAUUCCAUUUUCCAGGAACAGUUGCACUGUAUUAUCAAGAGUUUCCAAAGUCGCUAAAAAGCACGUCCACGGCGAUAGUGUCGUUGUUGAUCGGAAUUGGGCUUUAUCUAAGCACAGCGAUCACUGAUUUGAUAGAUAGAACGACGGGAUGGUUGCCAGACAAUAUCAACGAUGGGAGAGUGGAUAAUGUGCUUUGGGUGGUGGUAGUGAUAGGAGCUUUGAAUUUUGGGUACUUUUUAGGUUGUGCCAAGAUGUUCAAGUACCAACAUGUUGAGGACCAUGAUGAUGGCAUUGAUGGGCCUUCGGGGCUGGCUCACUGAGAUCAGGCUUUUAUAAGUUGGUUAAUCUAGGUGGGAGUCCAAUCAGGAGGUUUCUUAUCAAUUUGAUAAUAA